CAAUGUCGUUUGUUUAUAGUCCUCGUUUAUUAUUUAUAUCGUACAAUUUAUAAUUGAAAAUAAGUGUUGGAUUCCCACCAUGGACGAAUACGAGGAGUUCGAUGAAUUCGAGGCGAUGUACGCCGACGAUCUGGAGGCCCUCCGAGAUCAAGAUUACGACGAGGUGCCUGCGAGGAAACAAUUGAAUGUGGCGAAGGAAAAACCUGCGGAGUCUCAAGAUCUCUUCGACGAUGACGAUUUCGAGCAGGUCCCGGAGGUGGCGGUAUCGCAGAAAUCUCAGGUAUCGAAGGGUGGUCAGUCGCAGCAAUUGUUCGGCGAUGAAUUCGGAGCCUGCUCGUCCCAACAAUCGAGAAAGUUCCAGUCGCAAAAGUCUUUCGAGGACGAGUUUGAGCCGUUAUCGUACGAAGUCGAGAAGCAGCCGAAGAAGCGAACGAUCCGCGCGCUCUUCGGCGACAUCGACGAUAUCAUCGAGGAUGAAAUUCAGCUGCCGAAACCGAAGAAGUUGAAAGAUACUGGAGCUGUGGAGGAACGUCUGGAGGAGUACGCGAUGAUUGAGCACAUCAUCGAGCUGCGGCGAUUGGCCAAAGCUAAAUCCGACCCGCUGGCCGUCUUCUCCGGAAGCUACGACCUCUGCACGGAGAACUUCCGCGAUAAUAUUAGUUACAUAGAGCCGAAGUACACUGCCAUCAGUAUCGUCAACUGGGAGGGUGUGAAGAUUUAUUUACGAUUCCACUCGGAGCAGUUUCAGCGCGAAGAGAUGCAAAGGUUCCGCAGUGAUUUAGACUCGGCCGCCAUCAUGGGUGAAGGAUUCAAGCGCACCAUGGAUGAGGCUAAGGAAAUUUUGUCCAAAGAGUGCAGAGAAUCGAACAAUGUUGAAGAAGCGACGAAGGCGAUCGAGGAGGAUAAGAGCUUGCUUUGGGUGGAUCUGUAUAAGCCGAGGAAAUAUUUGGAGCUGCUCUCAGACGAAAGCACUAACAGAACGUUGCUCAAGUGGCUUAAACUCUGGGAUAAGAUCGUGUUUAAUAGGCGACCGAAGGUUGUGCCAAAGAAACCUCAAGAAGAGGGUAAAUUCAAGAAUCGUUUCGAGUUGAAUUUAGAGCUGGACGAGUCUGGGCGACCUCAACACAAGGUUGCUCUACUGUGCGGUCCUCCGGGUCUCGGGAAGACCACGUUGGCGCACAUGGUGGCCUCGCACGCCGGCUAUAAAGUUAUAGAAAUCAACGCUUCAGAUGAUAGAAGCGCGGAGAGUUUUCGGACUUCCCUGGAGAACGCAACGCAAAUGACGUCGGUGCUGGACAGCGAGAAGAGACCCAACUGUUUGGUGUUUGAUGAAAUCGACGGAGCACCAACAGCAAGCAUAGAUUUUUUAAUUAAAUAUGUGAAUGGUGCGUAUGUGAGUAAAAGCAAGAAAGGCAAAGCCCAGAAGGGUAGCGUGUUGAAGCGACCGAUAAUCUGCAUAUGUAAUGACGUGUAUGUCCCUGCUCUGAGGGCGCUCCGACAGAUCGCCUUCGUGGUCCAUUUUCCUCCUACGAAAACAGCACGUUUAGCUGAACGACUGAAGGAAAUCUCGAAUAAGGAGAGAAUCAAAACCGAUCUGGGAACGCUGAUGGCUCUGGGCGAGAAAUCGAGCAAUGAUAUCCGCUCGUGCCUCUCGUUUCUUCACUUUUUCAAGUUCCAGAAAAACUUUGUCACAUUGUCGGACGUGCAGAAGACCAGCAUCGGGCAGAAGGACAUGCAGAAGGGGCUGUUCAGCGUUUGGCAGGACAUCUUCGAGAUCGAACGGCCCAAAGCCAAGGGCGAUCUGGUGACGUUGGGCAGCCGUUGGAAUAAAGUGGUGUCGACGAUUUCGGCCUUCGGCGACUACGAGAGGGUGGCGCAGGGCGUCUUCGAAAACUACCCCACCAUGCAGAUCAAAGAUUCCACCCUGAACUCCACGUGUCUAGCUUUGGAGUGGUUCUGCUAUUCGGAUAUUAUAAGCACGCAGAUCGCAACUCUGCAGAAUUACUCGCUCACCGGUUACCUCCAGUUCGGUUUCGUCAUGUGGAACUACGCUUUCGCAAGCUUCCAGAAGCAGAAGAUUACGUAUCCAAACGCCGGUGCCAACGCAAGAUCUGGUGCUCUGAAGAGUAAAGCUCUGAUGACGGAGGUGUUGAGAGGCGUGCGGCCCGGAACUCGUGUUUUUCUGGGCGGAAAAUCCGUGCUGCUCGAUGUGUUGCCGCUCUUGUCAAGAAUCGUGGUACCAACACUUCGACCUGUGAACCUCCACGUCUUCAGUAAGCAGGAAAAGGACGAGAUGGGACGGGUCGUAUCCACCAUGAUUGACUACAACCUGAACUACAUACAGGAACGUCAGCAGGAUGGCACUUACAGUUUCAAUUUAGAUCCUGAUAUUAAUGGUCUGGUGAAGUUCCCAAAUUCGAGGAGCGAUUCUCGACAGCUGACUUACUUCAAUAAGCAGCUGAUCGCACACGAAAUCGAAGUGGAGAAGAUGCGGCGCGUUGAGGCCGCCAAAUACGUGGAUGGAAAUCGCGCUCCAACGGAGAAGACCUCCAAGGAGCGCCCGGCUCCUCCACCUAGUGCAAAGAUUCCCAAGAAACCGGAAAAGGCCGCACCAUUCAACUUUCUGCAGAAAAGGAAAAAGGAUUCGAGCAAAACCGGAUCGGGCUCAGCAGCUUCUUCCGCAGCCGGAGAGGGAUCGUCAAAGAUGGAAGGGUUAAUUUGGUACAAGUACAAGGAGGGACACACGAACGCCGUGCGAAAGAGAGGCCACGUCUCCGAUUGGGUGUGAUUCGUUUCCAAUGGCGACAACAAACCGCGGGGGCUUUGCUGCUGCUGCUGUUUCUUCUUAUUUCUCUUGUUUCUCCAUAAAUUCGGCUUUCUAAUCUUUUAGUUGGCCGUAAUUCAAACUGGGCAGAUGCGCCGCGAUUUUCGCCAACUUUAAUUGUUCUCCGUUGCCACCUUGAUUUAUCGCCGCUCCUUAAACUAAAACGCAAACUUUCCGUAUCCGACCAAUUCCUUCCUUUCAUUUCCACCCCCCCCGUAUAAACACUUAGCGAGCGAAACUUGUGCGAAGAAAACCGUUUGUUGUUCCUCUUCUUCUUUGAUUUAUUCAUUUGUUUGCGAAAACCUCUCAUUACUAUAUAUUACACUUCUUAAACGCACACUCUGUACAUAAUAUUUAAUACUUUA